GAUCAGCAGAACAGAAACCAUUUACUGCAAGUUGUUUUGGAAUAUUAGUGAAUUUCGUAACCAAUUUAACUGUUUGGUGUUUCUUAAAAUGGUUUCGGUCAUCCGCCCCUUUAUGGAUGUCGAAAGCUGUCGUUAUUAUAUAGAUGAACUUUAUUCACAAGAUCAUAAAAAAUGUCAUGAUGCAAUUGUAUGCUUGAAGAACUCCGUGAUCGGCAGUAACAGGCAGAAGGGCAGUGUAAUAGUGCAGGGCGUGGUUCCGAGAUUGAUGCAGCUUCUGAGUGAUCAAACGCUGCCUCUAGACAUCCGCAGAGAGACAGCAGUCACGCUCGGCUCCCUCGCCAAAGGCACAGACUCUCACGUUAGACAACUCAUAGACGUAGACCUGGUGCCUCUACUACUCAGUUGUACAUUAAACAGUGAUGAUCUCAAGUUGACAGAGGCAUGUCUGAGAUGCGUAUGUUCUGUGUUUCGUCACCCGAGUGCGCCAGUGGACCUGAUAUUCAGUAAUCCGCAACUAUUGGCUCAUCUGCUCAGUCUCACCAUGCAGUCUGUCAAUAACCAGAUCUGUGUUACCACAAUCUUCAGCUGUGCUUGCAAGAGAGUAGAACACCAGAACCUACUGUGUGAGCAGGACAUUGUCCCCACGCUAGCUGCUUUGUUGUGUUCACCUCACCCUGCAGUACUCAUGCCUACAUUGCGCUGUCUCACCAACCUGACCUAUGAGAAUCCCAAGGUCGCAUCCACGGUCAUCACUUCUAGUUUCGGAGGUAAGAGCAUUCCAGACCUCGUGGUCAAGUUGAUAGAGCGAGAUCACCCCACGGAGAUGCAGCUGGCAGCUUCCAGAGUCUUAACAAACCUUCACAGAGCUGGGGCACUGACCGCUGAAGACCCCAGGAUCCUGUAUAAAACAUUGCCUUGCCUGGUUUGUCUGUGCAAGAAGGACAGACCACACGAAGAGAGAGUGAUCGCGGCUGAGACGUUGGCGUACCUGACUGAGGUGGACACAGAGUUGCAGAGGCUAGCGAGUAUCUCCAACCACCUGAUACCAACACUGGCCGAGCUGCUGCACUACCAACCCGAGAACAACAACAACCACUCAGUCGGCCAGGAGGGUAGGGUGGGGCAGGACAUGCGACAGGCUGCGUUCAGAGCAUUUGCUUCUUUGGGUGCAAAUGACGAGGACAUACGCAAGAAGAUAAUAGAGACGGACAGUUUGAUGGAGCACAUAGUGACAGGGCUACAGGAUGACUGUCCCAGAGUGAGGCUAGCUGCAGUACGAUGUCUACACUCACUGUCUCGCUCUGUACAACAACUGAGGACAACCUUCCAGGACCACUCUGUGUGGAAGCCACUGAUGGCUCUGCUACAGAACGCGUCAGACGACAUCCUCAGUGUCGCGUCGUCUACACUCUGCAACUUGCUCCUGGAGUUCUCCCCCUCCAAGGAGCCCAUCCUGGAGUCUGGAGCUGUGGACCUGCUAUGUACCUUGACCCGACGGCCAGACCCGGCUCUGAGGCUCAACGGCAUUUGGGCUCUCAUGAACAUGGCAUUUCAAGCAGAACAAAAGAUAAAGUCUCAGAUUCUCAACACACUCGGAACUGAUCAGAUCUUCAGAUUGCUGAGUGAUCCGCAAGUCAACGUGCUGAUGAAGACUCUCGGCUUGCUGAGGAAUCUGCUGAGCACCAAGCCCCACAUCGACCACAUCAUGGGGCUGCAUGGGAACCAGAUCAUGCAGGCAGUGAUCCUGAUCCUAGAAGGUAACCACUCGGCAGAGGUGAAGGAGCAAGCGUUGUGUAUCCUGGCCAACAUUGCUGACGGAGACACGGCUAAGGACUACAUCAUGGCUAAUGAGGACGUGUUGAAGAAGCUGCAAGACUACAUGAUUCACAGCAAUGUGAAGCUCCAGAUCGCUGCUAUCUACUGUAUCUCCAACCUGGUGUGGAAGGAUGACCCAGGCAGUAGUGAGAGACAAGCAAAGCUCAAGGAGAUGGGGGUGUACAGGCUGCUGCAACAGCUGAUCAUGACCUCAGACACGCUGCUGUUUGACAAGGUGAAGACAGCGAUAACACAGUUCUCAGAUGCCUGACAUUUGUCAUGUUCCUUCUCACCAUAUUUGGGUGCUUUUUAAGACUCGUUCAUCUUAUUCUAUGUCAAGCUUUAAACCUUUUCCUUUGUUGUUUUUUUCAUUUAUGUUAUCCAUACAAAAUUUGUUUUUGUUAUAAAAAUAUUUUGUAUUUAUAAUUGCCAAGUAAUUUUUCAUACAAUUUAUUUUACGACUGUGUGAAGGUGGCAAUGUAAUGAUGUUGAUAAUCUGUAAUUUAAAUUAUUUAAUAAUGUGAAACAACAGAUCAAACAAGCUAUGGCGACACUUAAAACUUAAAGCAAAUUCAAAGAAUUUGAAAUUAAUGUGAUGAAAAAAUAGCUAUAUCACUGCAAGUUUAUUUACUAAACAACAGUGAUGAAAAUAUAUUUAUUAGUUGUAUAGUUAAACACAGAUUUUGUCUUUUAAAUAGUCAAUGAAUAAUUUAUUAACUCGAUAAUCUAUAAUAUUUAUUACCUUGUGAUCUUUUAUAUUAUUCUCAAUCUCAAUAUAUAUAACUUAAAAAAAUGUCAUGAUAUUUGAGAGAUUUUUGUCGACCAAGGGAUUAAUUGAUAAAGUAACUCGAUGGACUGAUAAUUUGUACUUUUUUAAGGAAGUAUAUAUUUAUAAUGCAACUUAGAGCUUAGUAUGUAGAUCUACUCAGGUUUGGUAUGUAAAUAUUGUACAUUGUACAGUAUGAAUGUGCAAUAGGCAACCACUUUGUAGCAAAGGUGUCUAUCAUAGAUCUAGAGGAAUUACUCUCCUUAUACAAAUAGAGUUAUAUUGUAACAAAUGGACUGGUGCGCAAAUUGUACAUUAAUAAGGUUCAAAAUUUGUUUCUGGGGCAAAAUAAAUCAUGUAAUACCCUUUUACGUUUUUAAUAGCUAUUGUAUUUGUUUAAGACAGUUAGGUGAAUAAAACUAUUAAAUUUGUUAAUUUUAGAUUCACUCUAAGCAGAGGCGGAUCCAGUAAUUUGUUGAGAGAGGGAGACACAUAUAUUUUUUUGUUUUUGCCAUAUAUAUCAACAAAAUUGUAGUUAACUUUAUAAGGGUUCAAAUUAACCCUAUUUUAAUGGUUGGAUGUUGGUUUACUGGUCUUUUGAAAAUCUCCAAAAUUGAGGAUCAAUGUCGGUCAAUGGCUGGACUUACCACUAGGUCGUGGCCUAGAACUGCAAGCGAACAGGGCGGCUGCAUUUAGUAGAAAAAAAGACUUAAAAAAACUAAUUGUUUUCUUAAACUAAUGAUUUCCAUCGCUUGCGAGUAACAAUAACAAUGCCCCCGUGAUAGCGAGAGAUUUUCACAAUUUUGAGGGAAAGUUUUUAACAUCUCCCGCAUUAUGGGAACAUCAUCAUCGUCACCUACAAUGGCCGUAAAUUGCCUCCUAUCACAGGGACAUGAUUAUUAUCACUCGGAUUGUCACUCCCGAUCUCGGUUGACGAUAGCGUUUGAUGUUCACGAUUCAGCUGCAAUUGUGGGUGUCGAUAAUGAUGCUUCCGAAAUGGCAGAAGAUGUUCUCAAUUUUGCCACGAUCGCAGGAAAUUCUUUUGCCAAGGGGAAGGGGUGCACGUCCCCCGAGCCCCUCUGGAUAGAUCCGCCAAUGCCAUGAAGAGUGAUUUACUUAACUUAAUGAGGUUACAAUUAUGAAAAAGUUGCCUAUUUAAAAUUGAUUUUCAUAAACUGUUUUAUUCUUGUUUUUAUUUUGACAGGUUAAACAUUCAACUGAACAACAACUUUUUAAAUUACAAUUCCCAUUCAAUCCGUUAUAAAGAAAUUGGUCAGCAUACAAAAAAGAAAUUGUAUCUUUAAAAUAAAAUUCCAGUUCCUAAUAAACCAAAACGUUUGGGGGGGUGGGGGCAAAGUUAUAACGGAAAUUACCUUUUUAGUUACAAUUCUUCCCUCCGCCAAAUCUUAAGUUUUAAAAUGACAUCUCAAUCGUAAAAUUCGGUUAAGUAGAAGGCCUGUAAAAGGGAUGUUACAGAAGAAGCCCUCAUUGUAUUAAGUAUAUGAUAGAAAUAGAUGGAUACAUUGUCUUUGAAUCAAAAUGUGACAUAAUUGCUAGCUGUGUAAAAUGUAUGUUUGUCAUUAUUUAUGUGAUUUUGUUUCUUUGUAGAACAAAUAAACAUCUCAAGGUGCAAUCGUAA